GGUGUCACUGACUGGCACUGAUGGGUGACACUGAAAGGCAGCUCAGAUGGGCACUGAUAUGUGGCAUUGAUGUGCACUGGUAGGCACUGAUAUGUGGCAUUGAUGUGCACUGAUGGGUACUGGCAGGUGGCAUGAAUGAGCACUGACAGCUGGCACUGAUGGACACUGACAGGUGGCACUGCUGGGGCUACACAGAUCAUCAGGGCACACUGAUCAUCAGUGCCCUGAUGACCACUGUCAGCGUGACAGCUCGCGAGGAGAGAAAUGCCAAUAACCGGCAUUUC